AGCAAAACAAAAGAACCAUCUGGUUUCGUUUAAAAGAAACACAAAAAUGGAAAAUAAAUAAACAAAAAACACGGGAAAGAAAAAAGGGGAGGUUCAGGUUCGGCUUCUUCUUCUUCCUCAUUGAAACUUAUAGCAGCCAACACAGCGAAGCUCAAAGAAACUUCCUGAAGAAGGUUCUCGUAAGCAGAUGCAACCGACAGCUGCCGGUAGCAGCAGCUCUGGUGGAGGUGGUAAUGAACUGAGUCGAGGGGGGCUUGCCCGAUUCCGCUCAGCUCCGGCCACCUGGCUAGAAGCUCUACUUGAGGAAGACGAGGAGGACCCACUAAAACCCAACCAGUGCUUGACGCAGCUACUCACUGCCAACUCGGGCACACCUGCAACUCGUACCUCGGUCCCCUUCUCCAGCUCGGCCGAUCCGGGCUUCUUUGAACCGGCCGCUUUCCCCCGACAGAACAGUUCUCCGGCUGAUUUUCUGGGUAUUGGGUCCGAUGGGUACUUCUCUAACUUCGGAAUUUCAGCCAAUUACGAGUACUUAUCACCAAAUAUCGAUGUUUCGUUAGGGAGUAAGCGUGCUAGGGGAGCGGAUACACAAUACCCUUCUGCAAAAUUUUCUUCUCAGUUGAAAGGAGAGCAGAGUGGUGGGCAGGUACCAAUUGGAACGUCUGGUUUGACAGAUGCAGACAUGGAAAAGCUUUUAGAGGACUCAGUUCCUUGCAGGGUUCGCGCAAAGAGGGGCUGUGCCACUCAUCCUCGUAGCAUUGCCGAGAGGUUUGCUUUCAAUUUCAUUGUGAUGAGAACAAACCUUUUCCUGUUCUCAGAACUUGCACAUUUCAUCUUAUAUUGUAUAUAUUCUGGUUCUGGUUGCCUCUUGCAGCAAACAAAUACUGCAGACAUGUUGGAAGAGGCGGUGGAGUAUGUUAAGUCCCUUCAAAAGCAGAUUCAGGAACUCACAGAGCAUCAAAGGAAAUGCAAAUGCAUUACUAAAGAUUAACUAGAAAGGUACGGAGAAAAAUCUGUUCCGUAUCUAGUCUACUUAUCAUAUUUAAUUGGUCUCUGCUGUGAUUCAUCAUUAUUGUCUGCAAACAAUAUGCUUCCAGAAGCAGAUCUUGUAAUUACCAGAAUCAUCUACCUACUACCAUGUCAAAUUUUUAUCAACUUGUAGAUGAUGGCUUGUCUGGUGGGUGUAAUAGUUGUAGAGUCCAUAACCAGGGCUUCUCGAUCCACGAUGGCAAAAGGACUGCUGUUUGAAGAUCAUUUAGAAUUACUGUAGUUGUAACCUUUUGUACACAAUAAAAAUUGAAAAAUAUAUUUUUUUAGUAUUGAUUUGUCCACUUCCCAAGGUUAAUUUCUACAGUUUUACUGUGGAUCUAGGCGCUUGUAUUCAAUUUCUUCAUUUUAAAUCUGAAGCUGCUAUAUGGUCAAUAAAAAUAUUUUUGGUCAAAA